GGGGAGACGGGGCUGGAUUUGGGGGGGCAAAAUGGCUCCCGUGGAACACGUUGUGGCCGAUGCCGGGGCUUUCUUGCGGGGAGCCCCCCUGCAGGAGAUCGGCCAGAACAUCUACACGAUCCGAGAGGUGGUGGCCGAGAUCCGGGACAAGGAGACCAGGAGGCGGCUGGCGGUGCUCCCCUACCAGCUCCACUUCAAGCACCCUUUCCCUGAAUAUGUGCGGCUGGUGACAGAGUUUUCCAAGAAGACCGGUGACUAUCCCAGCCUGUCAGCCACUGACAUCCAAGUUUUAGCCUUGACUUACCAGCUGGAAGCUGAGAACGUUGGCGUGGCCCACUUGAAGAAAGAGCCUGAGCAGAAGGUAACACUAAGCUCCACAAAUCAGCAUCCAGAGGCCCCCAUUAAUGUUGCUGGCUUCCAUCUCCCUUCAAAGUCACAGGCUAGGCAUCCGGGCUCUGGAAAGCUCCCUUCCACCGUGGAACACCCAGAUUGCGCAGCCCCUCCGGCAGGGCCCGAAACCUCGGAGUUCAACUCAUUUCUGUUCUGGAGGAACCCUCUGCCCAACAUCGAGGAAGACCUCCAGGCCCUGCUGAACGCUGACGCUGUUAUCAAAGAAGAAGAAGAAGAAGACCUCAAAGGCCAGGAGAGCGACGAGGAGGGGAGCAAAGAGGAGAGCGAUGAGGAGGGAGGCUGGAUCACGCCCAGCAACAUCAAGCAGAUCCAGCAGGACUUCGGCCAGGCGGAUGAGCCGACUGGCGUGAAGGUCGGCUGCGUGACCACUGACUUCGCCAUGCAGAACGUCUUGCUGCAGAUGGGGUUGCACGUCCUGGCCGUGAAUGGGCUCCUCAUCCGCCACGCCCGGAGCUACAUCCUGCGCUGCCAUGGCUGCUUCAAGACGACGUCGGAAAUGACUCGCCUCUUCUGCCCCCACUGUGGGAACAAGACGCUGAAGAAGGUGGCAGUGACUGUGGGUGACGACGGCAGCCUCCACAUGCAUUUUUCCCAGAACCCAAAGGUUCUGAACCCUCGUGGGCUGCGGUAUCCUCUCCCUGCCCCUCAAGGUGGGAAGCAUGCUAAAAAUCCCCACUUAGCAGAGGAUCAGCGCUUUCCCCAGCAGCGCCUCUCCCGCAAAGCACGGCAGAAGACCGACGUCUUCGACCCCGACUACAUUGCAGGCGUGUCCCCCUUUGUGGAGAACGACAUCUACAGCCGGGCGGCUCAUCUCCAGAUCCGGGACACGGCCACGGGUGCAGGCAGGAGGCGUCUGAACCCCAACACAGCCACGAAAAAGUUUGUGAAGAAGAGGUGAAGGGGGAGGGGUAGCCUCCGUCGCCCACCCGCCUGCCUGUUCUGGGUGCUGGCGGUGCUUGACCCACCACGUCUGAUGCGAAGCGAGAACUCAGACCGGGCUGAGGGUGGACAGAAGGACUGAUUUGCCUGAGAGAAGGGAUCCGCAGGGGCUGGGGAGUUCAACAUCUCCAGAAGACUGAAGGCAGGUGCUUCCUGGAAAGCCCACCUGCCUGGGGCUAUUGUUUUCAAGAAGAGACUGAGCUGCCGAGAUGCUCUUAAUAAACCAGGAUUUUUCUGCA